AUGGACGCGCCUAUACAUCCCAGCCCUUACUCUCGUGAGCUAUUAGUGCUUCAGGGCGAUCAUAGGUCCACCCAUAUAUGGGAGGGAGAGUUACUUUCCCAGACUUUACGGGCUAGGAGAGUGGACGACCUGUGGGAUUUUCUGAGGCACAGAGUUCUCCACGAUCAUGUAGUCCAUCGCCUCCAGGCCACGGGAUUCUAUAGGAUUAUUGAGAUCGGGCGGAUACAGGUUGAUUGGGCUUUGAUCACGGCAUUGAUUGAGUGGUGGCGACCGGAGACGCACACUUUUCACCUGCCCAUUGGCGAAGCUACCAUCACGCUGCAGGACGUUGAGGUUUUAUAUGGCCUGCCCGUUGAUGGCAUGCCCGUUUCACUGCCUAUUGCUAUGAGAUCUAUGUCGCGUGAUGCUUAUUUGGACAUGCUGCAGCAACUCACGGGUUUCAGGCCACAGGACGAGAUUUCAUCAUCGGGUGCUAGUCGGUUGACUUUGACCCCUAUUAGACAGCACCUGGAGCUACUCCACCCCGAUAUCACCGACGAUACAGAGGAGGUACAUAUCACCUAG